CGCAUGUCUUAACUCGAAAUUGGAAGUGGGAGGGUGUUUUUAUUGUUUUAGUAAUACUAGCACAGUGCCACGGACAGGUACAAGGCCAAGAGAGCUAUCCAGUUCCGGAGGCAGAAGAUGUCGUUUCUUCGGAAUUAAACGCCCACGAAACGUGCGCUACCGCCGAUCCCCAACCACCGUCCUAUUUUGACGGGCAAGCGAGCUCCAAACAAGACGCUCAUGCUGAACAUGACGAUUGCCGGGGGCAUUAUAAUCAAGGUACUUUCACAUCCAGAGUCAGUGGCUUUUGUAACUGUGGAGGUGGAAUGACUAAAGCGCAGGUCACAUGUACAAGGAGUCGGUCAGCGUCCGAAAAAGUAUUGAAAAAAUUGCCCGAACACAAAAAAGAAAUUUUCUACCGUUUGCGCUUAGCUUUGUGCUUUGCCAGGAAAAAACAUCUAAGUGGCGGGAAGCGCGUGAUAGAUGUGCCAGCGGGAACGCCAUGUCGCACACUGUCAUAUAUAAACAGUAAAGGGUCGGCUGAGUCAGAUAAUAUUUCUAUUAAAUCCACCGUCUGUGGAGAAUCAGUGGAUCAAACUCCACCUGCCCAACUAGAUGCAAAAUACGGAAAGAAAACCGGCAGUCAAGAAAACCAAAAAUCUCGUCGGGGAAGGAAACCGAGGAAACUCUUUAUUGAUAAUUUUGGUGGGUCUGAUGGACAGGUGAAAACUACCUUCAAGACGGAAGUCCGGAGAGGUCAUGCAAGUAAAGCCAGACCCACUAUAUCUGGACGAACACCAAAUAUCAGUACAAAAGUUGAGCUGAGACGAAGACUUAGGUCAGACACGAGGAAAGACCGCAAACGAUUGGUGAAAAAUUCGUGCUGUGCUUUGUGUGGUGAUGUAAAAUACACUCCUCCCCCUAGUAAGAAUCUGGCCCGUAUACUCAAUCACAGAUCGAGAGCUGGCCGCCCCAGCCCGACUGCGUUGCAGAAAGGUGCCUGUCAUAACUCAGAGUCCCAUCGGCCCCCGACCACACCGAUUUUGCGCUUUGAGAAAAACCUCAUGGUGAAACUGUGUGAUGUAGCCCGAGUGUUUGACAUAGCCUCACGUGAUUUCUCAUGUGUCUUGCCAGCGGUACUAAGACAAAAGAGGAAACGCAAAAGAGUGAGGUGCUCAAUGAAAGAAUUCAGUUUUCUCUUGCAACCUCCUCUUCAUGGCAUCAGCAAGCAAAGAAGUAAGAUUGCUAACCAAUCCUGGGAAGUUUCCACUCCAACCCAUAGCUGUGCUUCUUUCUCAUCAGGUGAUCCUCCAUCUGGAGCUACAGGCAGCACAUACAUUUCAGACACAGCAGAGACUCCAGAUGGAUCUGUAAAGAAAUGGGAUGCUUGCCUUGUAAGGAAUCCAGACUGCGAGAGGAUGAGACAGACCGACAUUGAAGGAACUGCCUCAGUACUCCCACGUUGUGAAGACAGCAGUCCUGUUGUGCGUUUCUGUGAGAAAGACAAGGCCUGUCCAAUGAAUAACAUCUCUGAAAGUCCUUCCAGCCCAGUGCGUCGUGUACCACCUUUAAUACUCAGACGAGUUACUGUCAAUGGUUUUGUUUUCAGACAUGACAAUGAGAACAGAGGUCUUUCACUGGAUGAAGAGGAGGAGGACAGAAGAAAUGAAGAUUCUGAUUGUGAAGUGAACUCACCUGAGAGUUUCUCCUGCCAGCGAACGCAAGCCUACAUAUUUUUCCCCCAAUCAUCAUGCGCUCGCACAUGCAAAAUCUGGCCCUUUCCUAGAAUGGGCCCUCCUAAUGAAAUCAGACCAUCGCAUCUAACUGGACCCCGGUGGAUUGUGACCACUCCAUUUCCUGCCACCGUUCAGACUUCUCACGGUGUAGCACCUGAAUGCUUAUCAGAUAAGGAUGUUCAAAACAAACUUUCCAAACCCACAAAGCAAAGCAAGAGCAGUCAUGAUGAAAGAGGAGCACUGGAGGGCCAACUACUUUCUUCUGCACCAGGUGAGAAGCCACCUAUUGACAUGUUAGCUGUGUUGGAAAAGACUUCAAAAAAUCCAGCACAAAGUCUUUACAGUCCCAGAGGUACAAUGACUCAAGAUAUUUUUCAUAUUUCGAAACUUGCAGAACACACCACUUACUGUGCAUUUGGUGAAAAACCACCCACUUGCACACCAGAAAGGGCUUGGAAAUGUCUAGUAGACAGUCCAAGAGUCGUAUUCUCUCAUGUUUCCAAACCAGCAGAGCUUGAGUCAAACCAAAGUCUGAAGAAAGCUUUUGAGGAUGUUCUUGAGUACUCUGCACCUGUAAUGACUGAACAGGGUAACAACUACAAACUUAAUGGUCUUGACUAUGCAGCAUCAUUAGAAGGGAACGGUAUUUUAAAAAAACAUUCCCUUCUCAAGAAGUCUAAUAAGGAAAUGCUUUCAAGUGGGUCCAACAAUCAGUCUGAUGUUCCUGUCAUCAGGGAAGAAGAUACAAAAUUGCGCAAAGAUUCGUUAAAUCCCAAAGCUGUUAGUCGUGAUGGGGUCGAAAAUUGUGGUAGACGAGUUCUCUAUAACCCAGGGUCACUCUCGCAAAUAUGUCUUAAAGUAAAAAUGCUAAAAGCUCAGCAUUCUUCUUUAGUGACAACCACCUCCUCGGUGGAGCAGGAGACCAAAAGUGUUACUCCAAAUUCAGUUGGGCAUACACCCGACAGCAACCCUGACUUUUCAGGAGAAGGGAAAAGAACGCAAGUAUUUGACACCUCCUCAAUCACAGACUCCUCCUCUGAAGAUGAAAACAAGAAUUUCACUAGUCUGUCUUCAGAAGAGGAGUCAUUGAAACGUCAUGCAGCUGAGAGCUUGUUGUCUGAUGAUGAUGGGACAUGUCAGAUUAAAGAUAAAGAACAAGGCUCCACCCUUCCACCAUUUCCGGUGAUUGCAGACAGCUUCCUGGAUGUUUCUCGAGCAUAUGAAGAAGAUGUCCUUAUACUGGAUGUGAUACAGGAUGAUCCAGAGUUGUUCGGGGCUGUGGUCACUGAAACUGUGAGUAACAAAGAUGCGUCUACACAGGAGAAUGAAAAUGAAAAAACACAGCAAAAAUCAGAGUCGAAACUUCAAACUGGAAAUCCCUGCAAGAUUGUCUGGGAUCUAAACUCAGAUCGGUAA